UGCCUGCAAAUUUUUGAUCCGCAGUGCUGACAAUGUCAAUCAACUUGAUGUUGGUAAACUUGAGAAAAAACUUGAAACUCUCAUGAUGAAAGUUUUUACCUUGGAAAAACAAGAAAAGAAGCAUGAAGAAGAUAUUAAAGAACUGAAAUUGAAGCAUGAAACUGAGUUGAAGAGGGUUCAGGAAAAGUAUGAAAAUGAUUUGAAACAGAUCCAUUUAAAGCAUGACGAAGACGUAAGAAUUCUUCGGCAUGAGAUCUUAGCAACUGCCCAUGCUCCAUCCUUGUCCAAGGUGCCUUUACAGGAGGCUGAACCAGCAUAUACUUGGAAAAUAGCAAACUUCACAAGGAAGCUUGCUAGAGCAAUAUCCGACAACGAUUGUGGUGAUCUGGAGAGUGAACCAUUUUUUUCUAGCCAUGGUUACAAAUUGAAAGUCUUGGUUUUAUCUGAACGAAGGUCGCGUGACAGAUCAGGAUACAUGGGAAUUUACCUAACAUUAGUGAAAGGUGAUCGUGAUGGAACUCUUCCUUGGCCUUUCACAAAGAAAACUACGUUUAUUCUUGUUGAUCAGCAAGAUGAUAUUGCACAAAGACAAAACGUUAAACACAUUAUGGUCCCAGAAGGCGAAAAAGAGUUUAAGACCAAGACAACGCGAGAAUGA